AUGGCCACAUCCACCUAUAAUGAGCUAUUCCCCAGUGAAGCAGCAGCCCACACUGCUCUUAGCAACUCCCAACAAUCCAAAGGCACAGCAGGGUGGCCACUUAGCAAUCCUGAAAAUGCUUCUUCCACUCCCAGCAGUAGGGAAAACAUACCUAUGACUCUCACCACCUCCACCCACUUUAAACCUAUUUUUGAAACAUUGCUCAAAUCUCCAAUCAAUUCCAAAACCUCAACAAUCCCGACAUCCAAGUUUGUCAUCAAGGCGGAAACCACUCCACCUACCAUAAUUGUCUAUAUGGGCUCUACAGAAUGCAUCCAUCCAACAAGACUUGUAAUCACCACAACUUACCCCACCACCACUUGCAUGGCAAUGACCCAAGUGUCCUUCACCAGUUCUUACACAACUGCAGCUGUGACAGGGAAGCCAGGAACAAUCAUCACCAGUACUUAUCCCACAACUGCUACUGAGAGAGUCACUUCAACCAUAACCACUUCUCCAAUUACCACUGCUCCUAAGAAAACUACCACAACCAUGCUCCCACAUUCUUCCUCUGUCCCAACCACACUCACAACACUUGAUACACUGAACUCUAUGACCACCACAAGCUCAGAAACACCGUCCUCCACUGCAGCCACUACACAGACAGUCAAAACGACAGACACACCUUCUCAUGCUACAUCCACCUGGAAAACCACCCCUAGUCUCACCAGUGAUUCCUCUGCAGAGUCCCUCACAACAGAGAUAACGUCUACUCCCCCACUGACAUUUUCGAUAACUCCCACAAAUGCUGUCAGUUCCCCCACUUCUAUCACUUCUAUUCCAGUGACCACCCUUACUUUGACAUCAACCACAAGUGUGCCUCUGACCUCUCCACCUUUCUCUACCACACAGCCGGUUGACACUAGGACAACAACCACAAAACCUGUGUCCACCUUGAUCACCUCACUCCCUUCUACUACGUCAAUGUCCAGCGCUGUCUCUCCCACUAGUCAUGUCAGCACGACCACGACAGAGAUUGGUACACACACUGACACUUCGACAUCUGCCACCUCGAUCACAGCAACGUCCUCUGCUCGCCACACUACGGAAAGGGUCAUGACUUCUACCACUGACAUGGCAACAACCCCCUCCACGGCCAGAACACAACGUACUCUGGCCGUCACUUCUUCAAACAGCUACUCCACCGCCAUUACUCCCUCAUCUACACUAAGGCCAGUUUCCUCAACUCCUGGCACUGUGUGGACAUCACCGACCAGAAUCCCAUCUUAUGUUAGCACAGAAAUCCCUACCAGCACCAGGCAAACAACGACUCCCACAUACGCAGGUACCACUGUGCAUCCGACUGACAUGAAUGACCUCACCUCAACACUCAUCCCUUCCAGUAUGUCGGGAACCCCCACAAAUAUCUUCACAUCAUUCCCCACCACCACCACUGCGAAAACAACACUCAGUGUGACUACAACCUCAGUCAGCACGCCUACUCAAGCAAACACACUCACAGUCACCCAGAGCAGUCCAACUCCAUCGCUCACUACAAGCACAACGUCCUCUGCUCACCACACUACGGAUAGGGUCAUGACUUCUACCACUGACAUGGCAACAACCCCCUCCACGGCCAGAACCCAACGUACUCUGGCCGUCACCUCUUCAAAGAGCUACUCCACCGCCAUUACUCCCUCAUCUACACUAAGGCCAGUUCCCUCUACUCCUGGCACCGUGCGGACAUCAACAACCAGAAUCCCAUCUUAUGUUAGUACGGAAAUCCCUACCAGCACCAGGCAAACAACUACUCCCACAUACGCAGGUACCACUGGGUUUCCGACUGACAUGAAUGACCUCACCUCAACACUCACCCCUUCCGGUAUUCCUGGUACCCCCACAAAUAUCUUCACAUCAUUUCCCACCACCACCAAUACGAAGACAACACACAGUGUGACUGCAACCUCAGUCAAAGCGCCUACUCAAGCAAACACACUCACAGUCACCCAGAGCAGUCCAACUCCAUCGCUCAUUACAAGCAGUCUAGUGACAUCUGCAGGCUCCAUAGCCAGCAGCAGUACCAUGGCCACUCAGACACUGAGUCCCACCUCACCUGCAACGAGCCCUACAUCACUCCACACAAACGCCGAAUCCACCGUGGCAUCCACUAUAACGGUUUCGUACACGACAGCCACGAGCACAGAAACACCGUCCUCCACUGUAGCCACUACACAGACAGGGAAGACGACAGACACACCUUCUCAUGCCACAUCCACCCUGAACACCACCCCUAGUCCCACCAAUGAUACCUCUCCAGAGUCUCUCACAACAGAGCUAACGUCUACUCCUCCAUUGACAUUUUCGAUAACUCCCACAAAAGCUAUCAGUUCCCCCACUUCUAUCACUUCUAUUCCAGUGACCACCCUUACCUUGACAUCAACCACCAGUGUGCCUCUGACCUCUCCACCUUUCUCUACCACACAGCUGGGUGACACUAGGACCACGACCACAAAACCUGUGUCCACCUUGAUCACCUCACUCCUUUCUACUACGUCAAUGUCCAGCCCUGUCUCUCCCACUAGUCAUGUCAGCACGACCACGACAGAGAUUGGCACUCACACUGACACUUCGACAUCUGCCACUUCGAUCACAGCAACGUCCUCUGCUCGCCACACUACGGAAAGGGUUAUGACUUCUAACACUGACAUGGCAACAACCCCCUCCCCGGCCAGAACACAACGUACUCUGGCUGUCACCUCUUCAAACAGCUACUCCACUGCCAUUACUCCCUCAUCUACACUGACGCCAGUUCGUACCACGGGGUAUCCGACUGACAUGAAUGAGCUCACCUCAACCCUCACCCCGUCCAGUAUGUCAGGAACCCCCACAAAUAUCUUCACAUCAUUCCCCACCACCACCAAUACAAAAACAACACUCAGUGAGACUACAACCUCAGUCAGCACGCCUACUCAAGAAAACACACUCACAGUCACCCAGAGCAGUCCAACUCCAUCCCUCCCUACAAGCAGUCUAGUGACAUCUGCAGGUGCCACAGCCAGCAGCAGUACCAUGACCACUCAGACACUGAGUCCCACCUCACCUGCAACGAGCCCUACACCGCUGCACACAAACGCCGAAUCCACCGUGGCAUCCACUAUAACGGUUUCGUACACGACAGCCACGAGCACAGAAACACCGUCCUCCACUGCAGCCACUACACAGACGGGCAAGACGACAGACACACCUUCUCAUGCCACAUCCACCCUGAAAACAACUCCUAGUCCCACUGGUGAUUCCUCUGCAGUGUCUCUCACAACAGAGCUAACGUCUACUCCCCCAUUGACAUUUUCGAUAACUCCCACAAACGCUGUCAGUUCCCCCACUUCUAUCAUUUCUAUUCCAGUGACCACCCUUACCUUGACAUCAACCACCAGUGUGCCUCUGACCUAUCCACCUUUCUCUACCACACAGCCGGGUGACACUAGGAUGACAACCACAAUCCCCGUGUCCACCUUGAUCAACUCAGUCCCUUCUACGACGUCAAUGUACAGCCGUGUCCCUCCCACUACUCAUGUCAGCAUGACCACAACAGAGAUUGGUACUCACACUGACACUUCGACAUCUGCCACCUCGAUCACAGCAACAUCCUCUGCUCGCCACACUACGGAAAGGGUCAUGACUUCUACCACUGACAUGGCAACAACCCCCUCCCCGGCCAGAACACAACAUACUCUGGCCGUCACCUCUUCAAAUAGCUACUCCACCGCCAUUACACCCUCAUCUACACUGUGGCCAGUUUCCUCCACCAAUGCGAAAACAACACUUAGUGUGACGACAGCUACUCCACCGCCAUUACUCCCUCAUCUACACAGAGGCCAGUUCCCUCUACUCCUGGCACGAACCAAGAGUGGUACCACAACAAUGGCAAUGAGCCCUUACCAGACAACACUGCAAAGUACUUCAAGUGUUUCUCCCACACCUUUUCCUUCCAUACUGGGUACAUCUACAAAUGCAAUAAUCUCUUCCUUUAGUACUGUUAUCUUCUCUUCAUUAUCCACAAUAAUAACGUCUCCUUUUUUCUCUUCCAUCAGUGAAAAUUCCAUGCUCACUAAUACCACUAACCUUUUUCCUACCUCCCUAUAUUCUUUUAGUACACAAAAUCCAGCCACUCCUGUCACUACUUUUCCUACUCCUUUUUCAUCUGAAACUACAAGAACUUCUCCAAGUUUGUCUUCUCUAACUUCCUCUUCUACUAAAACAACCGCCACUCUUGCUAUUUCCUCCAUUACCCCAUGUCCAGAAUCUAUAUCCAUUACAAUAGUUCCUACUUCUCCCAUCACUCCAUGUAUAGAAAUUGAUCCAAAUAGUAAAGUUACUUCUACACCUACUAUCCCAUUAUCAUUCUUUACCUCUACUACUGAGAUGGCCACCACCCCUUCUAUUUACACCAGUAUGACAACUGUAUUUCCCACACAUACAGACACUUCCACUUUGGUUCUAGAAACUGACCCCACCAACAUCAUAUCUGAUGUUCCUAGUUCUCUCAGCACUGGGACUUUCCCCAUUAACACAGUUUUGACAAGCACACAAGGAACCAGCAGUGAGACCUCGAUAAGCACCUACUCUGUAACCACCCCACAUGUGCCCAGCUUCACUAGCCUCCCAGCGACCGUGAAACCAAGUAGCAGCCUUCCAACUGCCACGACGACUUCAAGCAAAUUGACAAGCACCACUCCGGUCACCACCAGAGCUCCAGAGAAAUCAGUGGCCACCACUCAGACUCCCGCCAAUUUUUUGUCAUCCAGGACAACUUCGACCACUACUCAGAUGAUCACACAGUCUAGAUUGACCACCACUCCAGGCACCUGUGACAAUGGUGGGACCUGGAUACAGGACCGCUGCCUUUGCCCCUCGGGGUUCUCUGGGGACCGUUGUGAGCUCCAGAGGAGCAUGUGCCAAAAUGGGGGUCAGUGGGAUGGCCUCAAGUGUCGCUGUUCCAAAAAUUUCUAUGGCUCCCGCUGUGAGUUUGCUGUGGACCAGGUGGAACUGGACACAGUGGAUGCUGAAGUGGGCAUGGAGGUGUCUGUCCAACAAGAUUUCACCUCAGAGCUCAAUGACAACACUUCAGAGGCCUACAUGGAUUUCAGCAAAACCUUCCGAAAUCAGAUGCAGAAGAUUUACCAAAAUGUGCAGGGGUUCAAGGAUGUGGAGAUUCUGUCCUUAAGGAAUGGCAGUAUUGUGGUGGACUAUCUGGUUCUGCUGGAGUUGCCCUUCAGUGCCCAGAUGGAGAACACGUAUGAAAAUGUGAAGAUGACCCUGAAGAAGGAGCUCCAGAAUGUCAGCGAGGACCAGGAUAGCUGCCAGAAUAACCAGGUCCUGUGUUUUAAGCCUGACUCCAUCAAGGUGAACAACAACACCAGGACUGAGCUGACUCCGGAAGCCCUCUGUCGUCGCGCUGCUCCUCAGGGUUAUGAGGAUUUCUAUUUCCCCUUGGUGGAGGAGAACCAGCUCCGUUGCGUCACCAAUUGCACAUCCGGUGUGGAUGGCGCCAUUGACUGUAACCAGGGCCAGUGCUUUCUGGAGAGGAGCGGUCCCUCUUGCCGCUGCUUUUCCACAGACACGUACUGGUUCUCCGGACCUCGCUGUGAGGUGGCCAUCGCCUGGAAAGCCUUGGUGGGGGGCCUAGUGGGGGCCGCUGCACUGCUGCUGCUGCUGCUGGCACUCAGCGUCUUCGUCGUGCGCUCACGCUCACGUAGGAAGAACGACCAAGGCAGAGGCAGGUCCUGGGACGACGACAAGAAAUGGUUCGAGAUGUGGGAUGAGAACACCGUGGGGACUUUUACAAACUCGGGCUUUGAGGACGACAGAACAGUCAAGGAGGAAAACUUCCAUGUAGCCUUGGAGAAUGUGGACACCAGUAUGAGGGUAUACACCCAGAGACCUGAGGUGGCCAUGUCCUCACCGUGA